UGGCGGCACGAUUGAAAAGUUUUGACAGUUUUCUCCGAGUUUGUUUUCAUUACAGACUAUUUCUUUAGCCGUUUUCAGCUGCACAGCGGCACGCCCUGUUUUGAAAUUGGUGGGACACCGGCGUUUACUCUAAUGGUUGAGGUAUAACGUAGACGUGAGGAUGGCUUUUUUGCUAUCAGCUCAGACUCGGGCAUCACUUCUUUACCAAUCCUAGGCUAGGCUAGGCUAAUGUAGACUAGCAGGCUAAAUACUUGUCGUAUGAGUGCUGGUCAAAAAGCGUCGUAGUUAUGUCUUGUCUCACUCGGAUCUCCACCCAGAAGUGAAUAUGAAGAAGAGGACCUUUACGUAGAAAUGGAGGAUGAUGUGAAAAAAGUGAAAAAGGCAAGUCGGCCUGGCAUCGUGUCUCCGUUCAAGCGAGUGUUCCUGAAAGGAGAGAAGGGGAGGGACAAGAAGGCCCAGGAGAAGGCCACUGAGCGGAGGGCCCUCCACACCUUCUCACUCUCUCAGCCUGACCACCGCAUUGACCCUGACAUCCUGCUUAACGACUACAUUGAGAAGGAAGUUAAAUAUUUGGGGCAGCUGACAUCAGUUCCAGGAUACUUGAACCCAUCAAGUCGGACAGAAGUCCUCCAGCUCAUUGACAAUGCAAGGAAGUCACAUCAGUUGGCAGGCCAGCUGACAUCAGAGCAGGAUGCAGUGGUGAGCUUGUCAGCAUACAACAUCAAGCUCGUGUGGCGCGAUGGAGAGGAAAUGAUCCUGAGAGUGCCCAUCCAUGAUAUUGCUGCUGUGUCCUACAUCAGGGAUGACUCGCUGCACCUCGUCGUGAUCAAAACAGCCCAGGAGUCAGGAGGCUCUCCUUGCCCCAGCUCGUGUCCUGAUCUCAACAAAUCUCAGACCCUGAGCUCCUUGUCAGAGAGCGGAGCUGUGCUUGUAGAAGUAUGCUGUCUGCUUGUGCUGGCAGUUGAUAAUAAGGCAGCAGCAGAGGAACUGUGUCUUUUGCUCAGCCAGGUCUUUCAGAUAGUUUACACCGAAUCAACCAUCGACUUCUUGGACAGAGCCAUUUUUGAUGGAGCAACUACGCCCACCAGACACCUUUCUCUAUACAGUGAUGACUCUUCAAGCAAAGUGGAUGUUAAGGAGGCAUUUGAAGCAGACGCCAGCACAUUUCCUUUCCAGGUUUCUAUGGAGGCAGACGGGAAUUCUCCUUCAGCUUCUACGCCAGCUUCCCCUCAGACGAAGACUGCAAGUGAAGGAGAGCUCAGUACCACAGCUGCAGAGCUGCUUCAGGACUACAUGACCACACUGCGGACAAAGCUGUCAUCCCAGGAGAUCCAGCAGUUUGCAACUCUGCUCCAUGAAUACCGUAACGGUGCCUCCAUCCAUGAGUUCUGCAUUAACCUUCGACAACUCUAUGGGGACAGCAGGAAGUUUCUUCUACUUGGCCUGCGACCCUUCAUACCAGAGAAGGACAGCCAGCACUUUGAGAAUUUCCUCGAAACUAUUGGUGUCAAAGACGGCCGAGGCAUCAUCACUGACAGCUUUGGCCGUUACCGACGUACAGCCAGCUCCGCCUCAGAUUCCACAACCAACGGUAACGGAGCAGCAGGAGGAAGCGGAGACAGCGCAGCUUCGGACGAGGGCCAGGAGGCUUCCGAGGGUGACGAAUGGGACCGUAUGAUCACUGAUAUCAGUAAUGACAUUGAAGCUCUUGGCUGCAGUAUGGACCAGGAGGGAGUGACACCCUGACGUGGUGAACUGAUGCCUACUCCUCACAUUACAGUUGUGACCAGUAGACAUGAGCUGAAUGGAUCAGAUGAAGGUGAUCCUUCGCACUGAAAUAAGAUUUGGUUAAUUGUAUUUUCCUCUAAUUGUCAAGAGGAUGCUUCAUAGCCCCUAAGCUCUCAAGGAACCUAUUCCCACAAACUGAACAUGAAACAUGAAGUCAACAAAUGCACUUAUGCAGACCCUGUAGAUGACAUGCAGUCAGUUGGCUAUUUUUGCAUUUGCCUCUGAUUAUAUUUUUAAGAUUUCUUUGUGUUUGUACUCAUUUAUUGGCAGUAUCUGCCACUGCUGUCAGCAAUGUAGCAAAAAUCUUCAGACUCUUUGUUUUAGAAGGUUAAGAUGGAGGCUGUACUGGUUUUUGCUUUUGUAUUAUUUUUAUUAUUAAUUAUUAUUAUUAUUAUUAUUAUUAUUAUUAUUACAGGUCAAUCAGCUUCAUCAGCCAGGAGAACUUUGGUUUUCUUCAUUUAUUUUUCACAUUCGUGUGUUGCUGUGAGUGUAACAUUUUGCUAUAUAUAGUUUUGUUUUUCAGUAAGAUUUGUGUACCACUUUGUUUUACACUAUCAUUUAUCAGUGUUUACUCAUUUAUAUAUAUUUUUGCCUUAUUCAAACUGACCAAGGAAAUGCUGUAAAACAAAAAAUUCUCAUUCAAUGGAAGCGAUUGAGUGAAAACUGUAUUUGACAAAGCCAGUUAGCUGAUGGCUGAUGUAACAUUGUGAUUUUGAAGUUUUCGUUCUCAUGCAGUUCAUUUGUUCUGUCUUGUGACAUUACAUGUUUCUGUCAUUGUGCCUUUACACUGCAGUACUGCUGCCAACUGUCUGUCACACACACAGACAUGGAAUUAUGAACUGUAACUACAGUUGUUGAGCAAAUGGUUAUUAAAUAACAGCUACUUAA